UGCUCUCACUGACUCUAGACUGGUUGGAAGAGAAUCCAAAAAAUCUCUAUGUUGUUGUUAGUAUUUUUUAAUCUUUUCUUUCAAUCUUGAGAUUUAAAUCUUAGUUUUUCUUCUUCUUCUUCUUCUUCUUCUUCUUCUGAUCUUCUCGGUUUCAGUAGUAAACAAAUUUCUUUGAUCUUGAAUCUUGUUUUGUCAGGAUUAUUAACCAAUCCACAAAUCAUUAAUUAAUCUUUACUUUCAACUUAUCUGUGCCAAUCUCUUUUGCUCUUACCUUCUUCUUUUGAAUCAAAUCCUUAAAAGACAUUUUCACUCCUGAUUUCUUGAAAGAUCUCUUGUUUUCUGGAAGAAUUUACCUUGAAAUGUGAGAAUAUGAGUAAAAUUUAUACCGAAUUUGAGGAGAAUUCGGCUAAAUAACUGAGUUAGGUUUUUCUUCUUUAGUUUGAUUGAAUUCUAGGGUUAAUUAGGGAGGUUUUGUUGGGAAAAGAUGGCAACAAAGCAUGAGCAUCAGCAUCAUAUGGUUCCACUUUCAGUGUUGCUGAAGAGAGAAGUAUCAACUGAGAGAACCAUUGAGAAACCUGAUAUUCUUCAUGGACAAGCAAGUCAAAGCAAGAAGGGUGAAGAUUUUACUUUGUUCAAGACAGAAUGUCAGAGAAUACCUGGAGAUGGGAACAGUACUUUUUCUGUUUUUGGGCUAUUUGAUGGACACAAUGGAUCUACGGCUGCUAUAUAUACUAAGGAGAAUCUUCUUAAUAAUGUUGUGGGGGCUAUUCCGGCAGAUCUUAGUAGAGAUGAGUGGUUGGCAGCAUUGCCAAGAGCUUUAGUGGCAGGUUUCGUGAAAACAGACAAAGAUUUACAAGAUGAAGCAAGAACGUCGGGUACAACUGUCACCUUUGUGAUAAUAGACGGGUAUGUGGUAACCGUGGCCUCCGUUGGUGAUUCUCGUUGCAUACUAGAAUCUUCUGAAGGAACUAUAUAUUCUUUGUCGGAAGAUCAUAGGUUGGAAUGCAAUGAAGAGGAGAGAGAUCGCAUAACAGCAAGCGGUGGCGAGGUUGGACGGCUUAAUAUUGUUGGUGGUGCACAGAUUGGACCUCUCAGAUGUUGGCCGGGUGGCUUGUGUCUUUCAAGAUCUAUUGGAGAUAUGGACGUUGGGGAAUUCAUCGUUCCUGUUCCGUAUGUAAAGCAAGUGAAGCUUUCUUCUGCUGGAGGGAGGCUUAUCAUAUCAAGUGAUGGUGUUUGGGAUGCUUUAUCCUCCGAAACUGCGCUGAACUGCUGUAGGGGAAUGCCUCCAGAUGCUGCAGCUGAGCAAAUUGUCAAGGAGGCUUUACAUUCAAAGGGGCUCCGAGAUGAUACAACAUGCAUUGUUGUAGAUAUUUUACCGAUGGAGAAGUUGACCCCAUCUAUACCACCACCAAGAAAACAUGGAAAGGGAGUGUUCAAGGCCAUGUUCAAAAAGAAGUCAUCUUCAUCAUCUUCUCAUCCACAGUACACACCGCCUGAUUUAGUGGAGGAGAUGUUUGAGGAAGGAUCCGCUAUGCUCGCUGAAAGGUUGGAUACGGAAUAUCCCUUGUGCAACAUGUUCAAGUUGUUCGUCUGUGCAGUGUGCCAAGUAGAUAUGAAACCGAGAGAAGGAAUAUCAGUACAUUCUGGGUCUACAAAUCUUCGUAAGUUGCAUUCUUGGGAUGGUCCUUUCCUGUGUUCUAGCUGUCAGGCAAAGAAAGAAGCAAUGGAAGGGAAAAGCCAAUCCAGAGAUGAUCGAUCCAACAGUAGAGGAAGUGACUAACAACUCAUUACUUGACAGAAACAGUUUCAUGAUUGAAAGUGAUAAAUUUGGCACUAACAAAGGUUUCAGAGCUGACCAGAUGUGAUUAUUCGUUCAAGAUCUCACGAUGGGUUUUUGAACACCACUCGGCUCCACAAGAGAAAAAAUGAAUUUGAAUGUCAAGCUAUUCUAGGGUGAUUCCGUGCUCUCCAUCCGAUUUUAUUCUUCUUGCGGUAUUCUCUUGCUUUCUUUCUUCUCAUGGAUACAUCACCGAAAUUGGGGAUAUUCUCUUGUCUCCAUGAUCCCAUUCUUAUUUGUUCCCAUUGAACCCUUGCUGCAUUGUUGUUAGUGAAUUUAGGUCAUGCAUAUAGGAACUUCGUAUAAAGAGAAAAUUUUACAUGUAUAUUUGACUGUGCCGAUCAAAACAAAUGUUUGAAACUUUAACUCAUGCGGAAGGAAAUCAAAUUAAUGUUGUAUGGAUUUUCCAUGGUACUCUUAUGAUCUCAAAGAAGUUGAUUUUCUUUUCAU